AUGGAUGAGUUAAAAACCCAAGUGAUCCUUUCAAACUUUCAUCCAUUGACCCACAAGGCCUUUCAAGAUAUUAAUGAAAGUACACUUAUGUCAAAUCUAACAGAAAGCGCACUUGUCAAUCUGCAUAAAUGCAAAAAUCAAGGUGUCUCUCAAGUGAAUUAUUGUAAAAGCAUAGCUAUUAGCAAAAAAUCCACAGUGUACCUUGUACUCUACACUGUGAGGUGUAGAGUCCAACCCCCCUAUGCUACAGGCUUGUAA